AUGGCGUCAGACGAGAUUGUCUGGCAGGUCAUCAACCAGCAAUUCUGCUCCUUCAAAUUAAAAACGGACAAGAAGCAAACCUUUUGCCGCAACGAGUACAACGUCACCGGUCUUUGCAACAGGCAAUCCUGCCCAUUGGCCAACUCUCGAUAUGCCACAGUCCGACAGCAUCCCGAGAAGGAGACGGUUUACCUCUACAUCAAGACAAUCGAGCGAGCCCACCUGCCCUCCAAGCUAUGGCAGCGGAUAAAACUAUCCAACAACUACCAGAAGGCCCUCGAGCAGAUCGACCAGCAGCUCAUAUACUGGCCCAAAUUCAUGAUCCACAAGUGCAAGCAGCGCCUUACACGACUCAUCCAGGUGCAGAUUCGGUCGCGAAGGAUAGCGGCUGAGCAGGAGCGUCUCGGCGAGAGGCUGGUUCCCAAGCUGGCGCCCAAGAUCAGGACCCGUGAAGCUGCGAGAGAGCGGAAAGCCGAGUCCGCGGCUAGACUCGAGCGAACGAUCGAGCGCGAGCUGCUCAAGAGGUUACGAUCCGGAAACUAUGGCGAACAACCCCUCAACGUCAGCGAGGCUAUUUGGAAGAAGGUCCUCAAUGCCAUGGAGCGCGAGGGCGAGGCUGAGCGUGACGAGGAUAUGGACUCGGGCAUCGACUCGGAGGAAGAGGAGGACGAUCUCGAGAAGCAGGUCGAGUACGUUUCCGACAUUGGAGAGAGUGAGGAAGAGCUCGAGGAUCUCGAGGACUGGCUCGAGAGCGAGGACGAGGACGAGGACGAAGAAGAGGAUGAGGAAGAUGAGGAUGAGGAGGACAGCGACGACUCGGACGCCGAUCGUGCUGACGCCAAGAAGCGGAAGCGAACCAAGGCUGCCAAGAAGAAUGUCAAGAGGGCAAAGGUGGAUCUCAACAAGUUCAACCAAGGAAACAAGGAUGUGGAGGCCCCAUUGGCUUGGUAA